UUUCAGGGAACCACGGGUAAACCCAAGGCAGCAACACUUUCUCAUUUCAAUUUCAUCAACAAUGCGGUUGUCCUUAGCAACCGAGUUAUAAUACCAGGAGUGAAACCGGUGGAUUGUGUUCCCAUACCAUUGUUUCAUGCAUUCGGUUGUGUCGGCGGUGUUAUUGCAACUAUUAUUCACCGGAAACUGGCGGUGUUUCCUUCGCCUUUUUUCGACCCUCUGGCGACGUUGAAAGCUAUCGAAAAAGAAAGAUGCUCUCUUGUUAUGGGAACGCCCACCAUGUUUAUUGACAUUGUUAAUCACCCGGAUGUUAAUAAGUUUGAUCUAACCAGUCUCCAAGGUGCAAUUAUUGGGGCAGCUCCAUGUCCGGUAGAGCUGUGCAAGGAGAUAGAACAAAAGUUGGGCGUAACAAACAUCAUUAAUGCCUAUGGAUCAACAGAAAAUAGUCCAGGAAGCUGUUCAACACGUCCAGGAGAAAGACAGGACAAGAAAUACCACACAGUUGGGACCCCACUUGACCAUGUUGAGGUGAAAAUAGUGGACAAGGAUGGACGAAUAGUUCCGGUCAACAAAGAAGGAGAACUGUGCACACGUGGUCAUAUAACGUUCUUGGGAUACUGGGGUGAUAAGGAAAAAACUAAGGAAGUCCUGAAUGAUGCACGUUGGUAUCACACUGGAGAUAUUGCUGUGAUGGAUGAAGAUGGCUACGUCAGCAUUAUUGGUAGAAUUAAAGAUAUGAUCAUUAGAGGAGGCGAGAACAUCUAUCCUCGGGAAGUGGAAGAGUUCCUCCAUGGGCAUCCAGAUGUCGCUGAAGCUCAGGUUGUUGGAGUGCCAGACCCACGAAUGGGAGAAGAAGCUUGUGCUUGGGUGAAACUAAAAGGUGGAUCCACUUUAAGAGAAACGGAACUUCGGGAUUAUUGCAAGGGAAAUGUUAGUAUUGUGUUUAUAUAACACCAGUUGAGUACA